UGGGCCUAGCCUGAAUAGCGGGUUGGCUCUCUUAACCUUACUGGGCAUCGGCCCGCCCAGCGAGCUGCAACGCUUGGAUCGUCCUACUGCGCAAGGUUCAACCGCCCCGUCUGCAACUUUUAUUAAUCUUAAUCCCGGCAGCAUGGGAGAGCUGCAACACUUGAGAUGAACGAACGUGCAAGAAAGCAUACUUUCAUCAUCCCUCCCCCAGCUGGUCACUUAGUCUCGGCCUAUUAAUAGUAUCUUUGGUCUUCUUUUCCACUCACUUCGUCGAGUCUGCUCGGCUUCUAUUGGCCCAGCCGAGUUGUACCAUCUCGUUCUCGCUGCUGCCCAGUGCCCACAUCACAACACAUUCGCUCUGAGCGUUCAUGAUAUCUCAAUCUUAACCGUAGCUAAGUAUACUGGUCCGCUCAGUACACCAUGUCCGCGGCAGCCGCUCCAGCGCCACCAGCGCGGCCAUCUCCAACCACGACUCAACCUAAAAUACACGAUGAGAUGCCCACCAAAACAGAGCUUUACGAGAUAGCCGCCAAGUCUUUACAGACUGGCGCCCUGACUGGCGUGGUGGGCUGCUUUGUUGGUCUUGGUUCUGGUAUCAUGAGAAAUGCCCCGCCUGCCUUGUUCGCUGCUUUCGCCGGUUUUCAGUGGUUCACUCUUGGUUCAAGUUUCGUAGCUUCGCGAAGUCUACUCCAUCAUGCCUGGGGUGGUGAGGAGAACCUCAGGCCCAUCGACAAGGUCUCGGCCAGUGCAGCCGCUGGUGGUGUGUCCGGCAUGGUUGGAGGCUUGAUUCGUAAGCCCACUCAGACCCGUAGCAUGAUCGAAUGGACACUGACACGGAGCUAGGGGGCCCAAGCAAUAUUAUACCU